GGCACUGCCAGAGCCCGUGUCCAGCUGCGACAGGGAGGCAGGACACUCACAGAAGGUCCUGGGGCUGGUCACCGAGACACCACUGAAAGUAGGAGCAGUCAGUCUAAGGGAGAAAGCGAGAAGUACAAAACGGUCUGCAGAAGUAACUUGGAGUGGAAUGAAAGAAAAAUGACCUUACUAGCCUUCGUCUUCCUGUUGGCCUUCCUCCCAGCUGAAGCUGCGAUCAGCAGACACCCCCCCAAGUCAUCGAUCUCAAGCCCCGUGUUUGGCCCACGGCAGGUGUACGGCCUGCUCAACGGGUCGGUCACCGUGAAAUGCUUCUACCCUCCCACCAGCGUGAACAGGCACGACAGGAAGUAUUGGUGCAGGGAAUCGGCCAUGGGCUGCAUGACCAUUGUCUCCACCAGCGGCUACACUGCUCCAGGCUACAAGGGCAGAGUCUCCAUCACCGACUACCCACAGGCAGAAAACUUCCAGAUUAACAUCUCUGAGCUCACGAUGGCAGACGCGGGCACCUACCAGUGCGGUGUCGGUGUCAAUAGCAAAGGGCUCUGCCACAAAGUCAGCCUGGAUGUUUCUAAAGGCCCACACGUGCCCGAGGGAGCUGAGCUCUUCUACGUGAAGCUCCACAGCACUUUGACCAUGUCCUGCAGCUUUGGGCCCGACUACGCCAGCGUAAGGAAAUUCUUGUGCAAGAUGGAGAAGGACGGCUGCCGGAACGUCAUCGAUAGUUAUGGGAAUAUUGCUACGGAUUACACCGGGCGAGUUCUGAUGAGCAGUGAGGGCACUCCAGGCUCAUUCAGCGUCGUGAUCACUCAGAUGGGCUGGAAAGACUCUGGCUUGUACCUGUGUGGGGUCGGCUUCUAUGGGGAGGAUGGAGAAACGAAGGAACUGGACGUGCAUGUCUAUGAGGAGUCAAAAGUUCCUCAAGCGAAGCCCAUAAUAACGGGAGUAAAAGGAACUUCAGCAACUUUUGAAUGCCGCUAUAACCCCCUACAAAGGUCCUCAGGGAGGUACUGGUGCAAGUGGAGGCAGAACGGGUGUUCUCGGAUCAUAGACACCUCCGGGUACGUGUCGUACGCGUACGAAGGAAGAGUGGCCAUAUUUGACAGCCCAGAAAACACGACGAUGACCAUCAUCCUGAACCAGCUGAGCGACAAAGACAACGGCUAUUACUGGUGCAUGACAGACGAGCAGAAGGAGCAGCAAUCAUCGACUGAGCUGAAGAUCAUAGACGGACAACCCGGGCUGACGGGGAAGAAGGAAGUGGAGGCCCAAGCGGGUUCACGGGUCGAUUUAGCUUGCUACUAUCCAUGCAAGUACUACUCCUACCAGAAGUACUGGUGCAAGUGGAACAACACCGGCUGCAGCGUCCUGCCUGCUUCUGACCAAAGGCAGCCAGGGCCAGGUGUCACCUGUGACAGGGACAACAAGACGGUCAUCCUAAGCUUUGACCCGGUGGAAAAGACGAACGAAGGGUGGUACUGGUGUGGAGUGAAGCGCAACGGCGUCUACGGGGAAACCAUGGCAGUGCACCUGAGCGUGACUGGAGCUGUAGGGAGCCAGGCCAACCACGGCCUGAAGAUCCUGGAUGUUGAGCCCCCCAGCCACGCCGAGGAGCCCCCCAGCCGCGCCGAGGAGCCCCCAAGCCACGCCGAGGAGCCCCCAAGCCACGCCAAGGAGCCCCCAAGCCACGCCGGGGGAGGUUUUAUUGCCCAAGGAAGAGCCUUCAGCGAUGCUGGAGUGGGAAGCGCAGCUGCCUCGGGAAGCUCUGAUCAAAGCCGUGGCUCCAGUACGCUUACUUUAGCCUUGAGCCUUACUGGUGCAGCGCUCCUGGUCCUCGUGACAGCUUUUGCUGUUUAUAAAUACAGGCAGCUGACGAGAUCUGAUGUGGUGUCCAUCGGGAGCUACAGGACAAACAUCAGCAUGUCGGACUUCGAGAGCGUGAAGGGGUACAGUGCAAGCAACAACGCCUGUGUGAAGGAGAGCCAGGAGACCGAGAUAGGAGGGGAGGAGUUCACCACCGCUACUACAGCCACCCAGGAAAGUGCUGCCGAGACAAAGAAGGCAAAAAGGAGCUCCAAGGAGGAUGCUGACCUCGCCUACUCCACCUUCCUCCUCACCUCCAGCAGCAUCGCACAGGCCGGCACCGAGGGGGUCAGCGCGGCCCCGGACGCCUCCUCCCCGAGCUGGGGGGGCCAGAUCUGACGGCGAGGAACCGAGAGGCAGCAGCAGCAGCGACGGGGACCGGCUGUACCCUGAGGAUCAGAGCAAGCAGCACUGUAUAUUGCUACCACAAUUUGCUAUAGCUUGACCUUUUUUUUUUUUUUUGCUUAAAUUCAGCUUCGAGUGGUGAUUUAGGAGGAAUCGUUUGAUGCCAAACGAGGUGGCUGGGCUGGAGGCACAGGUUUGAGCGAGCAGGUUGGACUGGGAAACCACAGGAGCUCGAGUGGCUGAGCCCACGGACAGACCCAGUCCCACCAGUGCCUUUCCAACACAGAGGGCUCUCAAAGGCCAGAAGACACAUUUAAAAAAAAAAAAAAACAAAAAACCACACUAAUUUUCUUUUAAAGGCAGCUGGAAAACCCUCUAGAACAACAUCUCGUGCUUUUGAUUCCAAUCUUUCUCAUCCAGAGGGCAGUACCUGCAGACCAGAGAUGGUCUGAAGUGUUUUUAUGCACAAGCAAUAAAGAAAACCACUGGC